AUGAAAAUGGAUAUUAACAAAAAAAUGGCUAUUACUAAUAAUGCAAUCCCGAUUCUUCAUGGUUUUGUAUCUGCUCCUAUCUUCACUUUGCUUAAUGAUAAAAAAUUAAAGUCAAUGGAACGUGAGGUGGUCGAUUUUAUUGCUGCUCAUCAUGAGGUCAUCUUUACCCAUGCUGACAAGGGUAAUGUAACUGUCGCCAUGGAUAGGGAUGACUACAUUAGAAGGAUGAAUUUGGUUUUUGAAGAUAGAGAAACUUAUACUGUUUUAAAUAAAGACCCGAUCAAAAAAUUAACAACAUCUCUAAGAAAUUUGCUCACCGGUUGGAGGAACAAUGAAUAUAUUAAUUAUUCGGAAUAUAGGACUUUGUACUGCAGUGAUGGUGUUCUGCCCAGAGCCUAUGGGUUGCCCAAAAUACACAAAACAGGUUUUCCAUUAAGAAUAAUAGUAUCUUCCAUUGGUAGCCCCUUACAUGCUUUAGCGUCAUUUCUGCAUAGCGUUAUGUUUCAGUCGAUUCCGAAAGCUGAUAGUUAUAUAAAAAAUAGUUUUCAGCUCAUAGAGAAAUUAAGAAAUGUGAAUAUGGAAGACAAAUAUGAGUUGGUUUCUCUUGAUGUUAUAUCGCUGUUUACGAAUGUCCCUCUUGAAAUGGCGAUUGACUGUAUUAAUGAGCAGUGGUGUUUUAUUUCUGGGGCAUGUUCACUACCUAAAAAAGAAUUUUUGGACUCUAUACAUCUUGUUUUGAAUUCUACAUAUUUCUUAUUUGAUAAGAAGAUUUAUAAGCAAUGUUUUGGUACACCCAUGGGCUCACCAUUAUCACCUAUUGUGGCGGAUUUAGUUAUGAGAAGGCUUGAGUCACUAGCGUUGUUGUCGUUUAACAGAGAACUUCCUUUUUAUUAUAGAUACGUGGACGAUGUUUGUUUGGCUGUUGAUGUGUCGGAUAUUAACUUAUUAUUGCGUAAUUUUAAUGAAUUUCAUCCCCGUCUCCAAUUUACUGUUGAAAUUGGAGGUGAUAGACUGGAGUUUUUAGACGUGUCUAUGAUUAAGAGGGAUAAUAGACUAAUUUUUGACUGGUUCCAUAAACCUACUUUUUCGG